AUGCAUCAAAACAACUCUAAAGCCGCCUUCCAACUCAUUUUUGGCUCAGAAAAAGCGACAAAUUGCCAGUUACCUGCGCCAGUUUUGGACUGUGACUGCGAUAAAUUGCCCGCGAAUGGACCGGAAGCUGAAGGCGUCUGUGAGGAAGUUGACCGAAGAAGUAUAAAAAUGCUUUUUACUUGUCCGACAAAUCCGGCAAAUUCGAAGCGCUUCCGAGGAAAAUGCAGGCAAGUCUCAAAAGCAAAAUCAUUCUCCCUCCCCAUGCCCUGUGGCGAGUUAGACUGUCGAUGCAAGGACGAAAUGGCUAUUUUCGCUGCUGAUCGUGGCGCUGCCUCGCAAUGCUGGAGCGGGGGCAAAAACCAACAUAUAGAAUUUUCUGCGACAAGAACGGAAAUGGAAUUUGGGAUGAUGGCGAAGAAAGAAGGCAGAGCAAGAUAA